UUAUGCGAACCGGAAGUGUCCGUUUCUGUUUUCACGUGUUGGUUGCAGGGAAAGAUGACGGACAGCGUUGCAUCGAAAAAGCCCAAAUUGUCCUCUUCUCAGGGCGAGGACAGAGUAGAUUGGAAGAAAUGGAAAGCGGAACGAAAAGAGAUCAAGAAGCAAAUCAAAGAAUCCAAGCUGAUUCAACAACUUGACAAGCAGAAGCAAGAGGAGGAGGAGAAGACUGAGGCAGCACUGCAGCAGAGUCAGAGGGAAAACCGAUCAGGACGGUCGUACACAGUGAGCGUGGCCUUGCCUGGUUCUGUCCUGGACAAUGCCCAGUCUACAGAACUCCGCACAUACCUGGCUGGACAGAUAGCCAGAGCCUGCGUCGUGUUCUGUGUCGACGAGAUCAUCGUAUUUGACGAACAAGAUGAGGAUGUCAAGACUGUUGAGGGAGAAUUCAAUGGUGUCGGCAAGAAGGGUCAAGCCUGCAUUCAACUGGCUAGAAUCCUCCAGUUCUUGGAAUGCCCACAGUACCUGCGCAAAUCAUUCUUCCCAAUGCAUAAAGAUUUACAGUAUGCCGGCUUGCUCAACCCUCUGGACAGCCCUCACCACAUGAGGAAGGAUGAUGAGUGUGAGUACCGGGAGGGGGUGGUCCUCGAUCGGCCUAGCAAACCAGGAAAAGGCUCCUUGGUCAACUGUGGAAUGUGGAAGGAGGUGCAGAUAGAUAAGCAGCUACAGUCUGGUCUCAGAGUCACUGUCCACAUGAACAAGAUCCAGAAUAAAGAUGGUAGACUACACAAAGGGGUGGUGGUGGCGCCUCACAAGCCGCGAACAGAGGGAGGUCUGUACUGGGGCUACAGUGUUCGCCUGGCCUCAAGUCUAAGUAAUGUGUUCACCGAGUGUCCACAUAAAGAGGGCUAUGAUCUGACCAUUGGAACAUCUGAGAAGGGCAGUGAUGUUGACAAAACUUCUCUUUCUCCAUUCACGCACAUGUUGGUUGUGUUUGGUGGUCUGCAGGGCUUGGAGGCCAGUGUGGACGCUGAUCAGAACCUGGAGGUGGCGGACCCCGGUGUCCUAUUUGACCUGUACCUCAACACCUGCCCCAACCAGGGCAGCAGAACCAUCCGCACAGAGGAGGCCAUCCUGAUCUCCAUGUCCAGCCUGAGGCAGAAAAUCACAGCCGCAUUUCCAGACAAGUCGAACGGCUCAUAACAGGAAGUGGCUACUGACAAACCAUCACUAAGAGGAAGACUAAAGGAUCUAAAAAUAAUUCACUUUUUUGGGUACCUGGGUGAAGCUAACUGACCCAGGAGUCAAUUUAAUAUUUAAAUACUUCUGGGUUCGAAUGAAUGGACGUUGCUGGGAUUAUUCUGUGCUGUUUUUUUAUUUAUUCAAGGGUAAGAGAUCACAGCACACGUGAAGAAGAACCUAGUGUCUUGGCCAUGAGACCUCAUUCUUGGUGUUUCCUUAUUUACAUCCUCUCUCUUUGGUAGCAUUUUGCUAGUUAAAGCUAACGCUAGCUUUGCUCUGUUUCUACUAUACCCUCUGUAUAGGAUUCCAGGUGAAUUAAGUCAUUUAUAUGCAUCAGUUUGUCAUUUGUUCUCAAGACGCAUUACAGAACAUACAUGAAGAAUAAGUUGCUGAACACAAUGCUAACAAUAAAUAAUGCAAUACAUUCUGUUCAGUGAUGCUAAUGAAUACCGCAAUACAUUAAUUUGAAUUAUUCAAACUCAAACCGCUGCAUGCCUCAGGAUGUCAGAGGUAAAGGGUCAAGCAUGAUGACGAGGCAACGUUCGUCCAUGUCAGACAGGAUAAAACUACUUGGUAUCUAAUACAGCACAUUUGUGUGAAUGCCUUAUAGAAGCUCACACACCCCUACAUUCAACAGGCAUGGUGUGAAUCCAUUGGCUUGGCACGAGCCAACCUACAGCGCUAUAAAUGUAAGCUUGUGUUCUGAUGUUGGUAUAUUAACACUGAGCCAUUAAAGGUUAGAUUGGAUACGGUAAUGCUACAAACAACAUGUCACUGUUAACUUUAGCCAUACUGUCUGUAAGCAUAUAAAGGUCUCCAAUGAAUUCCUUUAAAGCGUUGAAACAAGUGUACUCCCACUUUCACUAAGGGAUGGAGAAAUGUAACCACUCAUUCAUAGAGCUAUGGAUGCAAGGACUGAACACGAUAUAAAAAUGAGUUUUUGCUUUGAGGUUAUACAGUAUUUGUUUACAAACAUUGGAGUAAAACAAGUUUAUAUUUUCAGUUCUGAUGGGGUAAGAAAGUUGAACAAAGCUCAUGAGGCAUUUAAGUUAUAUUCCUCAAGUUCAAAAAUUGAUAUAGCUACUGCAGAUUCUUGAAUAAUACAAUCUUCCCUCAAUUCGUAAAGUUGACAUUAUCUUGUUAUGUGAGUGCUUUUGAGGACAUUUAACAAAAGCAUUAUAAACAUGUAAAAAUACAUAUUUAAAUAUCAAUUCAUUUGUUUAUUUACAAUAAAUAUUUUUGCAGUUGC